AUGAGAUUGCUGCACGAGUCCCGACAUCCUAAUCUCCUCCAGUUUGUAGGAGCCACUCGAGUGGGUACUCCUAUCAUCCUUUCGGAACUAAUGCCAACAAGCUUGCGUAAAGAAAUUGAAAAAUCUCUGUUAACACGUCCUCAAAUUAUCAAGAUUGCCCAAGACAUAUCUGCUGCUCUAAACUACCUUCAUCUCUGGCGACCACACCCAAUAUUACAUCGUGAUGUUAGUAGUCCGAACGUCCUCCUUGAACCAUGUGGUAGUGGAAUAUGGAAGGGUAAACUCUCCGAUUAUGGCUCAGCUAAUGUGGUUCAAAGUAUCUCAGCUAACAGUGUAGUUCCAGGUAACCCCUUCUACUCUGCACCAGAAGCACAGUUUCCUGAACAGCAUUCUCCAGCAAUGGAUGUCUUUAGUUUUGGUGUCCUACUGAUGGAAAUGAUCCUACGUCAACCUCCUACUUCAAAAUUAGCAGAUAAAAUGACUCAAUGUAACAGUAUCAAGUGGCCAGCUAUGAAACGUCUUGUUCAGAGGUGUAUCUCCCGUGAGUGUCAAGUUCGUCCAUUUAUUGCUCAAAGUACUCACUGA